AUGCAUGCUGUAGGGCGAACUCACCCUCUAUUCUGGCUGCUCCUAUGCACCUUGCCUGCCCAGUGCUUCGCCAACACCGAGCCGGGCAAGUCCCUGACGUACUAUCACUCCGGCUGCUACGACGGCAAGCAAGUCUCGGACCCGGACUGCAUGGCCGCCAUGCAUCGAUACUGCAUGUACACACACCCGGAGAGACCGAUUGCUUUUCCACAACGCAUCCGCACCCACACCGACGGCAGAGGUCCCACCACGUACGUUGAUUUCCUGUGCAUGCCCGCGACAUACUACGACGACGUGCCGUACGGCGCGCUUCCCGGAUGUGUCGUCGGGAGUACAGGCCGGGUCGAGUGUUUGCGCGCGGGCCGCGGAUACUGCACGUCCAUCGGCCACGCCGGCGCCGGGAUCGCGCAGGAAGUCACGACCAAGGUCGCCGGCCUUGGUUGUGUGCAGACCAACGAGCGCUUCGCGGUCAGCGUGAAGAGGCUACAGGCGAACGACAGGCUGUGCUAUACGCAGAAAUGGUUCCAUGGGACCAGCGUGGCGUGCACGGCGGCCGCGUGGAGGAUUUGCACUGUCGAUCGCGGGUAUGUGGGCGGAUUCAUUGACAGUGAGGAUCCGCAGGGGCCGGUUGUGAAUUGUGUCGCGGAUGCGUUGUUUGUGAGUAGUGCCAGGGGAGCGAAGCCGGUAGGUUUAGAAGGCCUGGGGCUAGGGUUAGUUGAGCAGGGCGAGAACGAGGAGUUGUGA